UUCCUAAAGUGUUUUACGCAUGCGCGCGGCGGUUGCAUUAACUAGCUAUCUAAGCAUUGUUUUAAAACCAACAUGUCAGAGAAAACAGAAGUGGAUUUAACUGGUGCCAAGCUAAACACUGGCGUAUGGCUCGUAAAGGUGCCCAAAUACCUCUCUCAGCAAUGGGCAAAAGCGACUGGCAGAGGCGAGGUUGGGAAACUCAGAAUCUGCAAGAAAGGAAACCAAGGAAAAGCAGAGGUGUCCUUCACUUUGAAUGAAGAGCUGACUGUGAUUGAGGGUAUAGAGGACAAGACAGUGUGUGCGCCUCGUGAGCACCCAUUCACCAUGCAGACAGUGGGAGGUCAGACGUUGGCGGUCUUCACCGAGACCUCAUCGGAUAAAAUAGCCUUGGAGGGGGUAGUGGUGCAGAGAGCGGAGUGCAGACCUGCUGUCAGUGAAAGCUACAUGAAGCUGAAGAGGUUACAAAUUGAAGAGUCCUCUAAGCCAAUGAGGCUGUCACAGCAGUUGGAUAAAGCUGUCACCAGUAACUACAAACCUGUGGCUAACCAUGAAAACAAUCUUGAGUAUGAGAGGAGAAAGAAGGAGGAGGGCAAGAGAGCAAGAGCUGACAAACAGCAGGUGUUGGACAUGUUGUUUUCUGCUUUUGAGAAGCAUCAGUACUACAACAUCAAAGACCUGGUGGACAUCACCAAACAGCCUGUGAUUUACCUGAAGGAAAUCCUGCGUGACAUAGGCAUCUACAAUGUGAAGGGAACACACAAGAACACGUGGGAGCUCAAGCCAGAGUACCGACAUUACCAAGGCGAGGAAAAGACUGACGAGUAGGGCGAAACACCAACGCUUGGUUUGAUGGGGCUCCCUCCCUGAGCAGGCCUCGGUUGGACCUUGGAGUUCAUACCUGACUUCCUUACAUCAGGUCUCGAAACACACUGGAUUAUGAGGUCAAGCAAGGGUCGAGUCUUACAGGGAGAAGUUGUUGUGUCUUCUCGUUACCUUGCAGGAGACAACGGGGCAUUGGGGAACUAAUCAAGGUUUUACUCUUCAAGUGUGCACUAUCUCUCCCUGAUGUGGUUUCUGUCACAGCUCUGGCACACCCUCGAGGUAAAAAGCCUCCCAGUAUUUCAGUUGGUUUUAUCCAUCAGAGGAAUAGGAUGUAGACUUUCAAGAAGCAAAAUGUGCAUAUAUGAACCACUGGUUCUUGAAUAAUUUUUUAAUGUCUUGAGACAAGUAUAUCCAGAGUGAAAGAGUUUAAUGUUUAAAGGAGAAGCCUAAACAACGAAGGAUCUCACAGGUGAAAGCUUGCACCACUAAGUUACAUGUAACAAGGCAGUUAUUCUUGUAGAUGUUUUGUACGUUUUUGAAAGUAAGUUUCCAUACCAUAAAUGGCAAAAAUCAGCCUGAACAUGUGUUGACAAAAUUUCAAGACCGCUACUAUUGCUGUUUCAGGUGUCCUCAGUCAUAUUAGCCUAUUUUCACUGUUAUUUUAAGUUGUUUUACAUUGGAAUGACUCCUGCAAUAAACUUGUUUUAAUACUUUUUAAAAUAAAUAAUAAAAACGAUUUUUAAAAUCUUAAAUUGUAUUCAAGCCGCAUCAAACUUAACGCCUGACAUGUUCCUACGGUUAUAUUGUUUGACAUGUUCACAGCCAACAUACCAUUCUUAUGGUGUAUACAUACAUCUCCAUUUAAGGGGCCCAAAUAGUGAACAUUCCCUGCAGGAAAUAUUCAAGGCCCCAGUGCCAGUACAGUAUUUGUGUCAAGCUUAUGGUUCUGAGAAUACAGUGUGCUUAACUGGGUAGUUUCAUAUAUUGCUUAUUGUAACUUCACACCAUGCAGUAAUUUAUGGGUUCAACAUUAUGCAAUAGGAUCAAACUUUCAAAUAUCUCCUUCCAAUAAAUACACACUGAAACCA